ACUGUUCACUCAGCCAAUGGAGGUAAUCCUGCUGUGAAAGCUGUGCUGGAAUGUGUCAGAGAUUUGACUGAGCUGUCAGCUGUCAAAUGAUCCCUGUAGCUUUGUCUGCUGGCAUGUUAACCUGCAGGUUUCCUACUGCUCUGUGUCUAACAGUUCGUAGCAACAUGACAGAGUUUUGGAAGGAGCACUCAAAGGGCGCCACAGUGGAGGAGAUGAUGCUCGACUCUCGAGCCAAGGAGCUGACCCAGCAUGAGCUGCCUGAGAUACUCUCCAUGCUGCCAUGCCUGGAAAGAUACAGAGUCCUAGAGCUAGGAGCUGGAAUUGGUCGCUACACCAGCCAUCUGCUGACCAAGGCCGCUCAUGUGACAGCAGUGGAUUUCAUGGACAGCUUUGUGGAGAAGAACAAGCAGGAAAAUGGUCACCAUAGCAAUGCUACUUUUAUUCAAGCUGACGUCACAAAGAUGGAGGUCCCCAAAAACAGUAUUGACUUCAUCUUUUCCAACUGGCUAUUAAUGUAUCUGAGUGACGAGGAGCUGAAGUCCUUCAUAGACAAGACCCUGUCCUGGCUGCGGCCUGGUGGCUUUCUUUUCUUCAGAGAGUCCUGCAACCAUCGGUCAGGUGACUCCAAAAGAGACUUUAACCCCACCUGCUACCGUACUGAGGCACAAUACACCCAUACAGUAUUAUCAGCAAUAAUGGAGGAGACAGGGCAGAAGUAUGGAUACGACAUUGUGUUGAAAAGGAAAGUUCAGGCCUAUGUUGAGAUGAAAAACAAUCCAAAUCAGAUCUGCUGGAUGCUAGAGAAAGUCCCUCGCUCAUGCAGCUCUCAAAAUGGAUUCACAACCUUCCAGCAGUUCCUAGACAACCAACAGUAUACCAACCGUGGCAUUCUGCGUUAUGAGAAGAUGUUCGGAGCUGGUUAUGUGAGCACAGGUGGACCCAGCACCACCAAGGAGUUUUUGGACAUGUUGAACUUGAAGCCUGGACAGAAGGUUCUAGAUGUUGGCUGUGGCAUUGGUGGAGGAGACUUCUAUAUGGCAAAAACCUUUGGAGUGGAGGUGCUUGGCCUGGACCUGUCUGACAACAUGGUGGAUAUCGCCUUGGAGCGGGCGGUCACUGAAAAACUGCCAUCAGUCCAGUUUGAGGUGGCUGAUGCCACAAAGAGGACUUUUCCAGAAGGUUCUUUUGAUGUGGUCUACAGCAGAGACACAAUCCUGCACAUAGAUGAUAAACUGGCCCUCUUCAAACGCUUCCAUUCAUGGUUAAAGCCAGGUGGUCAGUUGCUUAUCAGUGACUACUGCUGUGGGGAGAAGCCCUGGACACCCGUGUUUGAGGCCUACGUCAAACAGAGAGGCUACAUCCUCUGUACACCCUCACAGUACAGCAAGUUCAUUGAAGAAGCCGGUUUCUCCAACGUUCGGGCAGAGGACCAGACAGCCCAGUUCAUUGGGGUGAUAAAGACAGAGCUACAGAGAGCAGAGGCAAUCAAGGAUGAAUUCAUUGCGGAAUUUUCUGAGGAAGACUAUCUGGCAAUUGUAAACGGAUGGAGAGAAAAACUGGGACGUUCCAACAGUGGAGACCAAAGAUGGGGACUCUUUUAUGCAACCAAGGAUUGAGUGAUUGCAAUGAGAAUGCAGAAGAUAAUGACAGAAAAAAGGAGCUUCAUUCCUUAUUUCCUUAUUGUCUGUGCUUUUGUCUUUAGAACUUUAUUUAAAGUGAGUCCUCAUAAGCAUGUUCAUGUGCUGACAACAGCUGGAAAAUAUUCACAACAAUCACAGUGUUAUUAUAUUACCAUAUUGAAAGAAAGGAUCAUGUCAUGUUCUCAUUUAAGAUAAGCUCAACUGUUUUUUUGUUAUUUGUAAUUUUAUCUUUUUAAAUUAAAUUCAUUGCCAUUUAAACAUAAAGUUGAGCAUUUUGUCACAUUUUGUUUCUGUGGAACAACAUUGAAUUAAACCCUGUGGCUUUA